UCAGUCGAUUUAUACCUUAGCUAGGUUAAAUAAACAGCUACUCCUAUACUAUAUUAAACUAUAAAAAAUGUACAUUCUUAUUUUAAUUUGUUUGCUUGCAACAUUUUCAAUGAAAGCUUCAGCUCAAUCACUUCCCAGCGAUUGUACGACCACAACCGCUGGCCGCACCAUCGAAUUAUUGGAAAUCCCAACACAGACUGGCGUUGACAUCUUUGAAGUCUACUGCGAGCUGGGCGAUCUCGAUGAAAAACCUUGGUUGGUUAUCUUCCUACGUAAAGAGCCCAAAACCGAGUAUGGCAGAUGGCAGGAUUACACAGAGGGUUAUCAUACGCUGAGUGGUAAUUAUUUCAUUGGCCUGCAACGACUCUACGCAAUCACAAAUCGACAACCCCACGAGCUGAUGAUGCAGUUAAGACAGAGAAACGGUAUGCAGCACUAUUUGCACUUUGCGCACUUCCUCAUCGCCAGUGAGACCAGCAGUUAUGGCGUUGUUUCGUCAGGGGCUUAUGUAGGCACUAUGCCAAGCGUGAAACUCGCCGAUUGGUUACCUUGGCUUACGGAAACUUUUGAAAUGACUACACGUAUGAAAAUCAGUAUUAGACCAGCGGUAGGUUCAAACAAGCGAAAAACAAAAAAAGAUUGGAAAGAUUGGAUUUAAGUAACGAGGCGAAACUUUAAGCAGCGGCGCACAGGCGAGGUGAAAAAGAUAUGUAAGCAAAUAAAACAUUAAAGCAAAUGACUGCUCAUUCAAGCUGAUAAAUGGUCAACAAUCAAGUGUAACGGGGUAACACAAUUUCGGCUGAAAUCGAUACGAAUUUAUCUGGGAUUAUAUAUAGACCAAAGAUAUAUGUUUGCAUGUAUGUAUGUAUGUGUGAUUAGUUGUAUGCUUGAAUAUGUGUCAGUGUGUCUCCGUUGCCACCAUGUCCGGCCGAAAAGCGAUCGAUGAUGGUGUAAAUCGAGCGAAAGAAGCAAAAAGAAAAUUGCUGGCUUUGUCAAUAAGCGGAAGUAGCUUAUAACAUAUAACGGCAGCACGUAUGUUUGUGUGUAUAUAUAUAUAUAUAUAUAUAGUAUAUAGUAUAUAUGUCCACAGGGCCGAAAAUGAACUAAAACAAGUUUAUUUUUUCCUUGCUGUGUGCGGUGUCGGCCGCAGCAAAACAAACCGCUCUGCGGCGGGGGUGUAGCAGGAAAUGGCGGUGGUAUAUUUUGUAUUUAUACGUGCAUGUGUGCAUGUGUUAGUGUAAAAACAACAAAAUGCGAGAUUUAUCACCGAAAAUACAAAACAAAUGCCGCUGGUAUGAAUAAUAAAUCACUUGUGAAAGAAAAAUAGCGUUAAAUGAAAUGCGCCUUCAAAUAUGUUAUACAAAUGGAUAUGUAUGCAUAUACGAUUACGGCUAUACAUAUGUGUGUACA